AUGACCAUAUUCCCGAUUUGUGCAACCGAAUUGAACAGACUCUUUUCUGCAAUCUUCUUCAUCCAAGUUAGCAUCAGUGCACCCGCCAUAUGCACUUGUGCCUAUCAAUUUUCCCAGGUAAUGUUUUUUAAUAAUUCGAUAAAAGAGAAAUACUAUACUGGUGGAGUUCUUUUACAAAUCUUCACUCCAAGUUAUGCUAGUACAAAUGUUUUAGACAAGUCUGACUUGUUACCAGUUGUCGCUUUUUCUUCGGAAUGGUAUGAGCUUGGAAAUAGUGAAAAGAAAAGUCUAUUGAUGUUCAUCACACGAUCGUUAAGGCCAUUUGCCAUACGUGCUGGGAAAUUUUACCAAAUGAACAUUACCACCUUCAUAAAGAUUGUGAAAAUGGCCUAUUCUCUUUUUGCUGUUUUGCGAAGCACACAGCCAUAA